AUAUACAUUGCGGAAGUUUCAUCAUUUCAAUUUCGCGGAAGAUUAGAAGCCAUAAAUCAGAUUGGUAUAACAGUUGGGAUAUUUUUAGCUUUUUUAGUAGGUUCAUACUGCAACAUCAAACAAUCAGCUACAGCAGCUCUUAUUGUUGCAUUAGUCAUGGGGAUUUUAAUUUUAUACAUUCCAGAGUCUCCUAGAUGGCUGCUUGCUAAAAAAAAGCGGUAUGAAGCCUGUCAAGCAUUGAAAUGGUUACGCGGCAAUUUAUAUGAUGUAGAAGAUGAACUAAAUAAUAUUGAAAAUAACUUGGAACAACGUCCUAUGGCAGCUCUUUACGGGUUUAGAACACCUGGGUUUUGUCGAGCUUUACUAUAUGGGUCAAUCCUAAUGUUUCUUCAGCAAAUGAGUGGAAUAAAUGCAAUGAUGUUUUUUGGUCAGAAAUUAUUUCAAAUGGUACGCAUCGGCAAAAUACCUUUAGUUUUGUAUUUAUUACAGGUGAUUAUUACAAUUGCAGCAUGUUUUUUAAUUAAUAAAUGUGGAAUGCGAAAACUUCUUAUGCUUGGGGCUUUUGGUAUGUUUUUUUGCAAUCUUUUACUUGGAGUAUGUUUUGAGAUUUUUAUUAUACCUGUAAAUAAUAAAACGAUGGAAUAUCAUUUUGACAAUAAUGAUAAAAAUAUAUUAGAGUUCAGUAAUGUCAUGUUCCAUGAUAGCUACUCAUGGUUGGCUUUUACCUGUUUUCUGCUAUUUAUAGGAAGCUACUCCAUUGGAUGGGGGGCUAUACCAUAUCUACUUAUGUCUGAAAAAUCCUCUCCUCACAUGCGUAGUUUGUUGUGUGCUUUAGUAUUAAGCGUAAAUUGGCUUUUUACGUUUUUAGUGACUUUUUCAUUUAAUAGUUUAAUAAGUUUAGUUAGAAUUCAAGGAGCUCUAUGGUUUUUUUCGGUAUGGUGUUUCAUCAGUAUGAUCUUUGCUUAUUACUUUGUGUAAAAGUUGAUAUUCUUGAAGAUAUUAAUUAUUAUUACCUAAUUGUAUACGGAUACCAAAAUUUAUUAUUUAAAGUUAUUUGAACUAUGGAAAA